AUGGUGGGACUUCGUGUCCCUCCUGCUGAUGCGGCUGGUCAAAAUGAUGUGGAGGGGCCUGGAACUGAUCGUGCUGAAACAUCGGCUGCUGCAUCGAGGGUUGGUCAAAAUGGUCUUCAGCUUCGGGCAUCUCGUCGUCCUCUUCGUCAUCUUCUUCCUCUUGUUCCUCUGCGUCGUCACCCUCAUCAUCACCGAAUUCUGGGAAUACACCUGCUUGGGUCAAUUGAUCUGGAGGAAGCCAAGUGUCGGGGUCGCCUGUAUCGAAUGAGAACCGAUCCAACUUGGCAGGAUGUAAACCGGGCUUUGUCAGCGUCUAACCAACUGUACGUGCGGGUUCCCCGAUCGAGCAACAUCUCCAUCCGGAUGAGAGUGUCACAAUCUAGCAGGAAGUUCGGUGGGGUGUCGACAGGUAUGUACUCGGGAUCCGGGAAGUCUAGGCCGACGGCUCGACCUAUGAUCGUGAUAAGUCCCCCGAUGAAAAUUUCCCCUGAGGAACGUUGGCGUAUGGAGUCACAUUUGUCUAAAAAGAAGCCUGAAAAACUGAGGGAGAGUGCAUGCCUCAUGCUUCGGAGGAAAAAUAGCUCACAUCUGUUGAUUUGA